AAAGAAGGCAGCUUCAAUGUUAACCAAAUAUCUAACUAACAUGUUCUCUAUAUCUACCUUCCAAAUCUGUGAACAAUCCACCCAUCGAUCCAUAGACCGACCGAUAGUAUGGCAGAUCAUCAGAAAGUUCAUCCUCUCAAUACGAGUAGCACCCAUGACGAUCAACCAUUAGAUGUCGAGGCUCCCAGGGUUCCAUUAGUGCCCCGGGGAUCCUCCAAGUCUGAUAAAGGGGAUCCAGCUGCACAUAUUCAUGACCACCAUUAUCCCCCUUUUCAGCGUACAAUUCCGGUCACUCACACCAAACCACCCAAGAAGAGAAGAAGCUGUUGUUGCAGAUUCUUGUGCUGGACGCUCUCUCUUCUCUUGCUCCUCAUUCUUGUCAUUGGAGCUGUUGCUGGAAUUCUGUACCUUGUCUUUCAACCCAAACUCCCCAAGUUCUCCAUCGACGCGUUGCAAAUUACCCGAUUCAAUCUCACUAACAAUUCCAGCUUAUCUGCCACCUUCAAUGUCACCAUCACUGCUAGGAAUCCUAACAAGAAAGUGGGCGUCUACUACGAGGGUGGGAGCCAUAUAAGCGUGUGGUACACAGGCACAAAUCUAUGUCAAGGGUCGUUACCAAAAUUCUACCAGGGUCACAGGAACACCACCGUGCUUAGUGUGUUAUUAUCAGGACAAACAGAUGAUGGCAAUACAUUGCUCACUUCAUUGCAACAGCAACAACAGCAGACUGGAAUCAUUCCUUUGAACCUCAGGGUGGAGCAGCCUGUGAGAGUCAAGCUUGGCAAGCUGAAGCUCAUGAAGGUGAAGUUCAGGGUCAGAUGCAGGCUAGAUAUCGACAGCUUAGCUCCCAAUAGCGCCAUUAAUAUUAGAAAUAGUAGCUGUAAGUUUAAAUUUAGGCUAUAAAUUAAUUAACUUUAUUAUUUCAUAUUUAUAUUAUCUUUUGAUCGUGUAUCAUGCCCGUAUAUAUGGGCCAUUGAUCAAACAGCAGGAUUUUUCCUAGCUAAUUUCCCUGCUUCUCGUUAAAGGCCGGAGAAUUAUAUUUUUAUAUGAUUUUUCUCUCCAUGUCUUUAUAUCGCUAUGUAUUAUUCCGAGUGCUGUAUUUA